AUGCGCUGGGCGAUCAACCGACACAACCAAGUGUGGUUGUAUUUGGGACAACUGUGUCAAGCAACAGAACAGUCGGAUAUUCCAGUGGCCCUUGAACCAAUGCUUUCUCACGAACUUCUCUCCUCGCACCUCCACCUAGCUGACAAAAUCAAAUCAGCCAAAGUACUGGCCCAUAGUAAUUUGAUUGCCAUCAGUAAGCUCCAAGUCAAAUGGGACAAGGAGAUUGUGUUGGUCAUCCGUAAAACUGCACCACAGACAGAUGAUGAUGUGCUUUUACAAUUGUGGGAGCAGCAAAUUUCCAAGAUUACUGGCUCCCUGCGAUUUGGAUUUCUCUCAUCCAUACCUGGCGACAUUCACAAUGGGCUUCUGUCCCACUUCAUUGAGGAAACGGAUUCGCACAUUGAGGCCGAGAAUCUUAAUCGUAAUGAUGGCGCUGAACGUAACCAGGAGGAUGAUUCUGAUGCCGAAGGUGAGACAGACAAUGAGGAUGACCAGUUUGACAUGAUCGCAGCUCUACAGAUUGAAGUGAAUCUACUUGAAAACCUCACUCAGGCGUCCAAUGUAGGAUAA